AUGAGCGAGCCUACCAACACCCCUCCUGAAAUCCAGCUCACACCUCUCGAAAAUACCCUCAAAACUCUCCUUCUCGAUGUUGCGCAGUUUAUCGAUGAACGAGCCAGCGCAAAAGGCUCUCCCAAAUCAGACCUCUCUAGAACCGUUCUGCGAUUUACUGGAGGAUGGGUGCGCGACAAGUUGCUCGGGGUGAACAGUCAAGACAUUGAUGUCGGCAUCAACAAUAUGACUGGAUACCAAUUCGGAACUCUAUUAAAAGAAUACAUGGACAUUCCCGGUAACUUGGACAAGUACCGAGAGAACCAUUUUGGCGGCAAGUUAGGGAAACAGAUUGUCAGUCUGCACAAGAUUGAGGCGAACCCGGAGAAGUCAAAGCACCUGGAAACGGUGACGACAAAUAUCUUCGGCCUGGAUGUCGACUUGGUCAACUUGAGAAAGGAAACCUAUACGGCCGACAGUCGGAACCCUCAGAUGGAGUUCGGAACGGCCGAAGAAGACGCUCUGCGCCGGGAUGCCACCAUCAAUGCCCUUUUCUAUAACCUUAACGAGUCGAAGGUCGAAGAUCUGACCCGACGCGGUCUUCAGGAUAUGCAGGAUCAGAUUAUCCGCACUCCGUUGGAGCCAUACCAGACCUUUCAGGAUGAUCCACUGCGAGUGUUACGACUCAUCCGCUUUGCUAGCCGCCUUGGAUACCGUAUACACCCGGAAACAGAGGCUGCAAUGCAGAAUGCUCACAUAAGCGAGGCUCUCAGGCUUAAGAUCAGUCGUGAACGUGUCUUGAAGGAGCUUGAAAAGAUGCUUCAUGGUCCUGAUCCUCGUGGAGCUCUACAUAUCAUCGAUUGCCUAGGUCUCUAUCCGACUAUCUUCGCCAAUUUCCAAGAUGAUGCUACUGUGGAGACUUCAUCUUGGCUCUCUGCUUACAAUACCGUGGAGCGAAUCUUACGCGCAAGUGAAGAUGGCCUGCCAGCGAAGCAGGAAGACCUACGAGACUUCCUCAUUCGUGAUAAACAAGAGGAAUACUAUGCCUGGAUGCUCUCAGCAAUGGCUCCGUGGUCGAGGAUCCCAGCCCGCCCUGCCAAAGGCAAAGGGCGACCACCACCACCUCGGGCUGCCGAGGUCGCCAGGGACAGUUUGCGAGCCGACAACAAAGUGAUCUCUGUUGUAGGAGAUGCAGCCACCAGCUGGCAGUCCAUCAUUGAGGUCAAAAACUCACUGUCGAAGAGGUCUAUGGGUGAAGAUCCAGUGGAGGUUCGCAAGCUUGUUGGGUUGCACAUCCGGUCUUGGAAAAAGGAUUGGAGGUUGUGUGUCCUUCAUGCUAUGCUUCAAGAAGUCAUGCAGGGGCGCGAAUAUGGCUCUGUGGUUGCAGAGUACGCGGCGUUCAUCUCGUACAUCAAGGAGUCAGACUUACAAGAUGUGUACGAAUUGAAGCCGCUUGUCAACGGCGACCAAAUUAUGAAGACAAUGGGAGGAAAGAAGGGACCCUGGCUGGCUAAGGCAUUGCAAAUGGUGAUUGAUUGGCAACUACUGCAUCCGUAUUCAACAGACCAGGAGGGGGCACUGAAAGCUCUAGCUGAUAAAAGAGAAGAGCUGGGUAUGGAAGAGCUUUGCGCAGCAGCACGUGAAUUCCUCCCCGGCGGCGAUCUUCAACUCCCGGAGGCUGCCACUGCCCGCUAUAUUGGCCCAGGGGGAUUGAAUCAGCUAUGGCAGGAUAUUGCCUCUCAGUCACAAACAUGUGAGAGUCUACUUGUGGCACAAACAGUCCUUAAGAGCUGGAGCUCUGAGACGUUGUCUGAUGCCGACACAGAGGCCGUCGAUUGUAUCUAUGACUGGGCAAAGAAGCAGAAAUUAGCGCAAGCUAUCACGGUGAUUUCAAGAUUGAAUAAUCUACGUCCUAUCCAGAAGGCAGCCAAUCCUUUCGAUAUCUUCAUUGCUCUUGCGAGCUUUUCUUCAGAAUCUGAUCCAUGGACGACCAAGGAGACGCACAAGAUCUCGAUCGAUGUCCUUUCAAAGUUCAGUGCUACUACGCGCUCCGAUGGCUCACUAUGGGCACUCCUCGAGACGACUUUGAAAGAGAAGAUCCGACCUCUUUUCACCAAAACCAGAAACCCAGCCAUCACAGCCGAAGGCCGCAAGAAUUUCCACCCAGUCCCAUUAGCGCGAUUCGACCUCACCACGCUUGACCCAGAAGCCAAACCAUGGAAGGCGUUUGCCGUGUAUUCAGCCACGGUCUUCUCCUGGAUCCUCGCUCAAUACGAUUCGAGCGCGAUCUCGCACCUAGAGCGCCAAUUCUCGCUGCUCAUCCCGCCCAUCCUAGCGCUCAUCGACGACGAACACCUCCCCCACAAAGUCCGCGGGUGCACGCUUCUCACGCAGCUCCUCCGCCCGAUCCGCGAGUCGCAAUCAGAUAUCCUCCACCGCACCAACCUGUGCUCCGUCUUCGAAGACGCGAUCCGCCCAUGCCUGCUCUCCCUCCCGACCAUCACACCGGAAGACGACUCCAUCCGCCUCUUAGGAACCGCGUACCAAGCCCUGCACGCCCUGCUGACCACCAGCUACGCGACCACCAACAAACCCGAGCUGAUAGCGCGACAGACCAAGACGCUGCGCGAUAACCUCAUCCCCUCCUUCCACCACAUCAGCUCCACCAGCCCGAUCACCACCCCAUCAUCCGCCUCCACUCUAACCUCUUUCCCGCACCCGCGCUUAUCCACGCUCCUCCUCAACGAGAUCCAAGGAACGGUAACCACCCUCGGCAUCGAAUCAACCAAAUACCUCCAGGAGACCAUCCCGCUCAUCUACAGCACCCUCACCAACCCCUUCGGCACCGCCCACCCGCCGCUCCUCCUCGCCGCCCUCGGUGUCGCCCGCGCUGUGAUUCUGAACGCCCACCCGAGGAUCUGGCGCUGGCGCACGGAGAUCCUCGGCGCGGUGUGCGCGUGCUGGCUGCAUGUCGUUGCGGAGGGGAAGGAGAUCCGAGAUGGGCGGCAGCGUCCCGAGGACGCUGACGCUGAUGACGGGCGGUUGCGUGUGCUCGAUAGGCUGAAGAUGGAGCUGCAAGGUGUUGCCUAUUUGCUGCGGUUGGCGGUGGAGAGUCCUCUGCGGCCAGACGCGCCGGAGAAGGAGGUCCUCGCUGCGGGUGGUGGUGGGUUCGUCAAGGAGUUGGAGGAGUUGGUCGCUGCGGAUGUGGAACUGCGGGAGCUGCUUCUGGGAGAGGUGGACAGGACAGAUGUGAGGUAUUAUGGGAUUGUGAACGAGUAG